CAACUACGCGAUCUCAAAAGAACUGUCUGGAAAAACGAGAAAAUCCCAGUAGACUGGAAAGAAAUCAUCUUACACAAAAAAGGAGACAGAAUGGUAUGCAAAAAUUAAAGAGUAAUAUAUCGCUCAUAAACGUAGCAUACAAAGUUCUAUCAAAUAUAAUCCUGUCGAGAAUAACCCCAUUUACAGAGGAGAUAAGGGUGGUAUGAAUAAAAACUGAGUUUAAACUCCGAGUAUAUACUCGUGAGCAUGAGUAUGAAGUCUGAGCUUAUACUCCAUUCCGUAAGAAUUUAAAAAAAUCGGUUUGAUAAGUACAUACUCCUAGUACAUAGAGUAGAUACUCAACAUUUUAUUUCUCAAACUUGUCUAAACCUGCAACGAAUGGCUUUCCGCGAAUUCUGCGCAUUUGGCGCUCAGUCACUGGACACUCCACAUCAACAUCAAUACGCGUGGAUGGAAUGAAUGAAAGCAGUGAAGAAGAAAGUAAUAAAAUCUAUGAAUCCCAAAUGGGAUUUAUAAGUAUAUUACGUGAUUUUCCCAUUCUUUUAUCUAAGUCACAAACACCAGCUGUUCGGCUAUCAAAAUCAAAAGCAGCCGAGCUGAUUAAAAAGCAGUGGGCGUUAAAUUAUGGUUCCCAAAUAACGACAAAUCAAUUGUACAAGAAAAUUAACAAUAUGAAAUUGCGACUGAAGAAAAAGACUGAUAUUAUUAGAACCGAAAAUAAGAAAAUCAUCCUGCACGAUUGGGAAAAGGUCUUAGUAGACAUAAUGGAAGGGGACACAAAUCCAGUUCUUACAAAAGUUCAAGGAGCAUUAUCGGUUGGCGUAGAGUUACCCAAAAGCAAUCAUGAUGAUCCAAUUCCUACACCAUCAACAUCGGCUUCUGAAAUGUGUACAGCAAAUCGAGUAGCAAAUACUGACAAUGAAGAUCACCAACCUAAGAAAAGGAAACAUAAUAAAGUUAGUCCCCUUGAAAAAUAUGAAACAGACGCUAUGCAACUUUCUAAUAACGAAUUACAAAGGCUAGUUUUGCUAAAACAGCUGAAAGUUUUGGAUAUGAAGGAGAAAAAACUAAAAAGGAAGCUAUAUCUAAAUGGUAAUGAAGAAUCAACUUUGAACAAUAAUAAUAGUACCUAA